AUGGAAUUUAAUAUUUUUGAAGAGUUAUUGGAAAUUAUACCUAUGUUUGAUACUACUACAGGAGAGGAUGUAUUCGUUUCUGUUUUUGAACUCUUGAAAAAAUAUGAUUUACAGAAUGAAAAUGUUGAACAUAAAUUUCAUAGGACACAUUGUAUUAUACAUCAAGAGGUGUUAUGUACAAAAGUUAUUAAUAUGGCACAUGUAAUAAGACCAGUAAAACAAAUGGUCAAUUUUAUAAGAUCCCGUGGUAUGAACCAAAGACAAUUUUCGAUGUUUUUAAACGAUUUAGAAAGCGAGUAUUCAGGUUUACCAUACUUUACAGAAGUACGAUGGUUAUCGUGCUCCACUGUAUUGGAAAGAUUCUGGAACUUAAGAGAUGCCAUACAAAUAUUUUUAGAGUCUAAAGAACAAGACGUCAGCGUUUUAUCGGAUCCAAUGUGGUUACAAGACCUAUCCUUCAUGGUCGAUAUAACGAAGCACUUAUCGAAUUUAAAUUUAAAAUUACAAGGGAAAAAUCAAAUUAUAACAGCCAUUAAUGACCAUGUUAAGGCUUUCAAAUGUAAAUUAGAUCUAUUUAAAACACAAUUUUCGCUAAAUUUUUAUGUGCGGCCCAAAUAG